UAGGGGGGAAAAAGACACAAUCUGCGCUGCCUGGUCUUUCCUCUCCGUGCAGAAUUUUUUUUUAAAAAAGCAAAGUAACUUGGAGCAUCGAUGGAUUGUUACAGAGUGAAAAUUUGUUUUCCAGCAACACUAGAGAGAGAGGGAUAAGAGGGGGUUGUUUUUUUUUUGCGUGUGUUUCUUUUUGUAUGGAUUGUGUGUGACCCAAGUGUUGCCCCUUUUCUGUUGCCGGCGCUAUGAUGGAGCUGCGGGAUUUCUACCUGCUGUUCGCCCUGUUCGCCUGCCUGACGGUGGACUCUGCCUUGGCUCAGGAGCUGGUCUAUACCAUCCAGGAGGAGCUGCCGGAGAACAUCCUGAUCGGCAGCAUCCCGCGGGACCUGAACAUCUCGGCCGGUGGAGGAGCGGACCUCAUCUACCGCCUGGUGUCCAAGGCGGGCGAGGUGCCCCUGCUGCGGGUCUCCAGCGGCACCGGGGACAUCUACACGGGCUCGCAGCGGGUGGACCGGGAGAAGCUGUGCCCGGGAGGAGGAGGAGGAGGAGGAGGCGGCGAGGGUGAGCCGGGCGAGUGCUCCUUCGAGAUCGAGGUGGUGAUCCUGCCCAACGACCACUUCAGGCUGGUCAAGGUGAAGCUGGUGGUGCGCGACGUGAACGACAACGCGCCCAUGUUCCCCUCGCCGGUGAUCAACAUCUCCAUCCCGGAGAACACGCUGCCCAACAGCCGCUUCCCGGUGCCGUCCGCCAGCGACCCGGACGCCGGCGCCAACGGGGUGCAGCGCUACCAGCUGCUCGACGGGCAGAGCGUCCUCGGCCUGGACGUGGUGGAGAGCCCCGAGGGCGAGAAGUGGCCGCAGCUGGUGGUGCAGCGGGGCUUGGACCGGGAGCAGAAGGACACCUACGUGAUGAAGAUCAAAGUGGAGGACGGCGGGGUGCCCGCCAAGUCCAGCACCGCCAUCCUGCAGGUGACCGUCAGCGAUGUCAAUGACAACCGCCCGGUGUUCCGGGAGAGCCAGCUGGAGGUGCAGUUGCCCGAGGACUCGCCGCCGGGCACCUCGGUCAUCCAGCUGCACGCCACCGACGCGGACGUGGGCUCCAACGCCGAGCUCCGGUACCUGUUCAGCGCGCAAACCCCGGCGGCGGUGCGGCGCUCCUUCGCGCUGGACCCGAGCCUGGGGCUCAUCACCGUGCAGCGCCCGCUCGACCGGGAGGACGUCUCGCUGCACAAGAUGACCGUGCUGGCCACCGACGGCAGCUCCAGCCCCGCCCGCGCCACCGUCACCGUCAAUGUCACCGAUGUGAACGACAACCCGCCCGCCAUCGACAUCCGCUACAUCAUCAGCCCGGUGAACGGCACCGUGCACCUCUCUGAGAAGGACCCGGUCAACACCAAGAUCGCCCUCAUCACCGUCUCCGACAGGGACACCGACGUCAACGGCAAGGUGGUCUGCUACAUCGAGAAGGAGGUCCCCUUCCACCUCAAGGCAGUCUACGACAACCAGUACCUGCUGGAGACCUCCUCCUUCCUGGACUACGAGGGCACCAACCAGUACGCCUUCAGGAUCGUGGCGUCGGACGCGGGCAAGCCCAGCCUGAACCAGAGCGCCCUGGUCCGGGUGAGGCUGGAGGACGAGAACGACAACCCGCCGGUCUUCAGCCAGCCCGUCAUCGAGCUGGCGGUGCCCGAGAACAACCACCGCGGCCUCUACCUGACCACCAUCAGCGCCACAGACGACGACAGCGGCAAGAACGCCGAGAUCGUCUACCAGCUGGGGCCCAACGCCUCCUUCUUCGACCUGGACCGCAAGACGGGCGUCCUGACCGCCUCACGGGUCUUCGACCGGGAGGAGCAGGAGCGUUACAUUUUCACGGUGACCGCCAGGGACAGCGGCAACCCCCCGCUGCAGAGCCAAGCUGCCGUGAUCGUCACGGUGCUGGACGAGAACGACAAUAACCCCAAGUUCACCCAUAACCACUUCCAGUUCUUUGUGUCUGAGAACUUACCAAAGUACAGCACUGUGGGAGUGAUUACUGUCACCGACCUGGAUGCAGGGGCCAACGCAGAGGUGAUGGCUUCUGUCGUCGGAGACAAUGCGAAUUUCAUUCUAGACCCACUGAGUGGUGUGAUAAGGUCUAACGUCUCUUUUGACAGAGAACAGCAAAGCUCCUACACUUUUGAAGUUAAAGCUGUAGACAGGGGGAGACCAGUCCGCACUUCCAUUGCUAAAGUUACAAUCAAUGUCAUCGAUGUCAAUGAUAACAGUCCCGUUGUAAUCUAUCCACCUUCCAACUCUUCAUUCAAACUAGUACCCCUGUCUGCUAUACCUGGUUCCGUGGUGGCAGAAGUGUUUGCUGUGGAUGUUGAUACAGGUAUGAAUGCUGAGCUGAAAUACAGCAUUGUUAGCGGAAAUAACAAAGGUUUGUUUCGAAUUGACCCUGUGACUGGUAAUAUCACCUUGGAGGAGAAACCAACUGCUGUCGACCAGGGCUUGCACCGCCUGGUUGUGAACAUCAGCGAUCUAGGUUAUCCGAAACCCUUGCACACCCUUGUGCUUGUCUACUUGUAUGUAAAUGACACUGUAAACAAUGCUAGUUACGUCUAUGAGUUAAUACGGAGGACAAUGGAGACUCCACUGGAUAAGAACAUUGGAGAUGGCACCCAGCCGUGGCAAAAUGAGGAUUACCUUACCAUAAUGAUCGCCAUAGUGGCGGGAGCCAUGGUGGUGAUUGUGGUCAUCUUUGUUACAAUAUUGGUGCGGUGCAGGCAGUCCUCAAGGUUCAAGGCUACACAAAGGAACAAACAGGGUGCUGAAUGGAUGUCUCCUAAUCAGGAGUGUAAGCAGAACAAAAAGAAGAAAAGGAAGAAAAGAAAAUCUCCGAAGAGUUCUCUUCUAAACUUUGUUACCAUCGAGGAAUCCAAACCUGAUGAUCCUGCCCAUGAGCCCAUCAAUGGAACCAUUACCCUUCCAGCUGAGCUGGAAGAGCAGACGAUAGGACGAUUUGACUGGGGCAGCACACCACCAACUACAUUUAAGCCCAACAGCCCAGACCUAGCAAGGCAUUACAAAUCUGGCUCUCCGCAGCCCUCUUUUCAUCUGAAGCCAGACACCCCUAUUUCUGCGAAAAAGCAUCACGUGAUUCAGGAGCUCCCUUUGGACAACACCUUCGUUGGGGGUUGUGACACCCUGUCGAAGCGCUCUUCCACUAGUUCAGACCACUUCAGUGCCUCAGAGUGUAGCUCCCAAGGAGGCUUCAAGACAAAGGGCCCAUUGCACACCAGACAGUACUUUGUGCAAAAUCAGGAUAUCCCCGAAAUACAGCCACUACUGCAAUAUAAGAAGAACAGCAGCAAUCGAUGCACAUCUCACCGCCGCGUUACAUUUCAUCUGCCCGACGGCUCCCAGGAAAGCUGCAGUGAUAGUGGUUUAGGAGACCAUGAACCAGUAAGUGGUGGCACGCUGAUCUCACACCCUCUCCCUCUGGUUCAGCCGCAGGACGAGUUCUACGAGCAGGCUUCCCCAGACAAGAGGACCGAGGCCGACGGCAACUCUGACCCAAAUUCUAUGUACACGUCUUCAUCAUCUAAUAACAUGUCCAGAAUCUCUACAGGUGAUGUUCCACUUGGCCCAAGAGGUCUAGCUGAAGCAACAGAGAUGUGCACCCAAGAAUGCUUGGUACUUGGCCACUCAGACAACUGUUGGAUGCCUCCAGGGCUUGGUUCCUAUCAACAGCUGAAGUCCCCUCUCGCUACCUUUGGAUCUCAGAAAGAAUGGAUUAAGAAAGAUAAGAUAGUGAAUGGACAUGCACUCUCAAGGGCCUGGAAGGAGGAUGGGAACAGAAAUCAUUUUAAUGACAGGAAACUAAUUAGUGGAAAUGAGGGACAUUAUACCAGUGGGAGUCAAAUGACGGACAUUCCUUUGGCUAGUCUGAAAUCAUACAAACAUACACCAGCAUCCAUGGAGAAGCCUAAAGAACAUCAGCUAUGAAGAGUGCUUUUCCUUUACCCAACAUUAACUCAUGCAAGCCUCAUUAUAGGCUAUAGUGGUAGAAUAUGCGAAUCCUGUGUGUCAGAAUUCUGUGUUACGGGUAGGCCUUUAGAUCAGUGUUGCAGCAAGUACUUGGAGUUAUUUGUGUUUUAGAACUACGAGGUUUGAUCAUUUCUGUAGUCCACUCGCUGUCAGUUCACAUGCAAAAAACCUUAAAUACUGUGAUUGAUUAAGGGGCUACCACAAGUUUAUUGCUCCACCUGAACUGCAUGUCAAGAUGAUAACAUAACGGUGGAAUUGUCUCACGAUUGUGUCCUCAGAGCCGCUGAGAAAUGAGAGAUGCCAACUGAAGUAGAAAGUGUAGGGGAACAAAAUGCUUCUUUUACUUGAUAUCGAUUGCUGCUGAUCUACUUAAAAAAGAAAUCUAAACAGGAGUGAUGCUGACAAUGGCUACAAAAUGGACAAAACAAACGUCUCUCUUGUGCAGUUACAUAUUCCGAGUGGACACUUCAACCAUCACUCAAAGUGUUUGUAAAUACAAUAAAUCAGUGAGACCUACUUUUAUGUAAUUAUAUCCUUCACCAACAGUAGCAAAAGGCAGUGUGUUGCACAGUUGCUUCCCUCCCCAGUCCUUCUCCCCUCUUUGUUUGUAUACUUUUGGGUUUACUUGUUGCUUCUUGUCGCUGACCUCCCAGUGAAAGUGGUAUGAGUGUUUGUGAUCUGUCCAGGACCACUUUUUUUUCACAAUCAGAAUAUUUAAUGUGUUGUGCCUUCAUAAUGUACUAAAGCAUAAUACUGGUCGUUGUGAGUGCUGGGCAAAACUCUACUUCUAGUUAUCUGUACAUUUGUUCAAUGCCUGGCAGGUACCAGCAUCAUGUUUAUUUGUUACAUGAGUACGAGGAAGUUUCCAACACAGCUUUUAACAGCAUGUUUAAGCAAACAAGAAUCAAUGCUUCUUUCAAAAAAAAAAGAAAAUUCAACAGUUUGGGCAUGGAAAGCCAAUUUAACAAUCUGGUAGAUAGCAUGUUUUGCAGAAUUGGCUGAUUACUUUUUUCAAACACAUUCCAAUAAUAGUAACAGUGAGGGGAAAAAAUAAAAAUGCAUACAAAAAAAGAAAAAAAACUAAAUAAAACAAGAAACCAAAAAAAAAGAAACAAAGCCAGCAGUCAUUUAAAAGCUGUAAUUUCCUCCUUUUUGAGGGGGUAGGGGGUAUCAUUUCCAGACCAAUCAUAUCUACAUGCAAACUAAUGGAUCCCUGAGUCUGCAUUAUGGAAUCUGAGGUCGGAUUCAGGCUGUAAAGUCCAGGAGCAGUGAGACACUACUUAAUAACACAAUUCAGUAAUUCAAAUUUAUUAGUUAUUUGUAUCCGCUGUUAUGUAUUUUAAUACAUAUAGUGUACUUUUUAUAUGAGAAAUCUGGAAUUGUCAUUGAGUAUAACAUAUACAAAAAGGUCGGUGGUGUGAGCUUAACACAGUGAUAGUAAAUUGGUGCAAACAUUAUUGUGAUGUAGGUUAUAUUAUAGGUACUGAAGCCACAAAAUUCAAAAGAAAAGCUUGGAAGUACAGAAAUGUUCAGUACGCUGUAUAUAUUACAAUUGAAUAACAUUCCCCCCCCUUAAGCAAUGCAAUGUACUAAGCAGUUUCCUGCUAGUUUAAUUUGAUGAUUGCUGAUUUUUCAGAGACAGUUUUUCUGUGUAUCGAUGUCAACACACAUCUUUAAUAUAUCUGUAUUCAGUAAAAGAGUCAUUGAAAAAUAUUUUUAACUUAGGAUACUUGUCAGGUAAAAUACAUUUUUUUCUUAGAAUAUGUGCUAACAAAAAUGUCCACAGCAUAAAUGUAACUUGUAACUUAAAUGUUAGGGCUCAACUCUAAAGGUGUUUCCAAUACUGAACUUUGAAAUAAAGAUAGCAUGUUAAUAUGAAGUUGACAAUGGAUUCAUGUGAAAUACAGUCAGUAAAAGGGUUAGCAACAGCUUUAACUGUUAUAUGUUGAAAACAUUUUGAACCCAGUAAUGUAUUUGGGUGCAAGUGAUUAAAGAAACUUGCAUUUAUAUUGGCCCUUUCAUGACCUCAGGACAUCGCCAAGGUGCUCUACAGCCGAUGAAGCACUUUUUGAAGUACAGUCAUGUCAUGAUGUAGGAAACCCAGCAGUCAAACUGCGCACACCAAAUUUUAAGACAGCAAUGUCAGAACAACCAGAUGACUUUUUUUUUAAGUAAUAUAAGUUUUAGGGAUAAAUAUUGACCAGGACACCAAGGAAGCUGCCCUGAUUUUCUUCAGCAUGGUAAACAACAGAGGUUGCAUACAUCCAUCUGAGAGGCAGACAAGGCUUUGGCCUUUAAAACCUCUCAUCCCAAAGGUGAUACCUCAGAUAGUGCAACACUGGUAUCAUCAUUCUCGAUUAUGGUCAAGUCCUGAAAGGUGCAGUCUAUCUGAAGGAGUAGGCCUGAAUGGCUAAAAUAGAGAAAGAUGUUUAACAAUACAGUUCCUGAUAGCUGGUUUCCCCAGUCCUUUUGAGGUGAGGGUACAGGCUGAGCUGGAAGACAAGCAAACUAAAGGAUUGUGGGACAUGAAGACAGAAGAUCCAUUAAGAGCAACUUGAUGUCUUUCAAGGCCUAGCAAAACAUAAUAAUUAUGCUCCUGCAUUGAUCAGCCAUGGUGUCCAACAAAUGGGGAAUAUUUGUCUUCAAACAAAAUGAAUAAUAAAAAUUAACCAAAAAAACUCUUCUGCAAAGGAAGAAUAAAGAUGUUAUCUUUGGGUGCUGCAUCCCUAAUGUCCUUCUGUAUGCAAAGAAAUCUAGCAGGACAGGGAUACAAUCCCAUAUACAUAGAGACACACAUAUAUAAAUAAGAUAUACAUAUAUAAUUUAAAUAUACAUUUACUUACAUGCUGGGCACUGGAAAAAAUAUAAAAGUCACUAAUUUGUGUUUGUGCAUAGCACGAAAAGAUUAAUUCCAUGUUUUAAGUUUUGAUGAUCAAAAUGCUAUACUUUGUAUAAGCAGCUCAUGUGUUUUUGGUUUUGUCAAAUUGUUAUAAUGUGGGUUGCAGAUGAUCUGCGUAGUCACAGUAAAUUCUGUCGGUCUGCAAGAAGUGUUUUGAUGAAGAUGGCAAAAAUAUAUGGCAGUUAUCCUUGUUACUGCAUUGUUGGUUCAACGUUAUUUACCGUUAUUCUGCUCUGCAAUAAAUGUUUGACAUUCUGUACUGUGUUGUAUUAUUCUAUAAAUUCAUCACUAGGUUUGAAUCGUGCUACCCAGGUACAAUGGUUCACAUUAAACCUUGAUAUUCUUCAA